AUGUACGUUCUUUCAAAGUAUUGGUUCCUUCUAACGGCCUUGUGGUUUGCUGGAGCUUUAACGCUUCCUCAGCCGGUGUAUGGUGAUAGUGUGGUUCCUGGUGGGUAUGGCACCGUUGAUCCGUUUGCGGAGUUCUUAUGGCCACGAGGUUUGUCUACGCCGCUGAGCGCAGUCACGGCUGCUCAUGGCAUUUACAAAUUGGAGGAGGAGGUAGAGGAUGAGGAGACGUGUAUGAAUGGAGGUGUUCCGGUGACUGGGAAAGGUGAUGUUUGCCAGUGUGCCGCGACGAACGGUUUUUCCGGUUUGAGUUGCGAGUUGUGUCAACGCGAUGGAGUGUGUUCUAAGCGUAGUCGUUAUGCUAAUGAGUGUAAUCAUAGUCUCGUAAUCCGAGGAACAAAUAAACAGUUUGAAUGUGCUCUUGACUCCCCUUUUUUUGUUAAUCUUAUGGGUGGAGGUCGCGAUAUUGAGGCUCGGGUCAUAUUUAACUGUUCUACAGGAAAUGAUGAUUCUUUUAUCAAUGGUGCUAGUGGUGAAUGUUCUAUGGAUUUGUUCCGUAUAGAGCCAAAUGAAGAAUAUGUAGAUAAAUUUUUUCGAUGCAUUUCAUCACCGUGUUCUAUGCAAGUCUCAGAAGAAUCUAAAAAUGAAAAUGAUAAUUACAAUUCAAAGUUAAGUAAAGUGUUUAAAGGACUCAUGAUAACAGGACAGGUAGUGCUUGUCACCCUUUGUGCAUUACUAGCUAUGCUACGGUGUAUCUCAUCUAAACUUGGUCGUCAUCGAACAGCAAAAAUUGUGGUAGGUUUGGGUACUACACUAGUACUUUCCACAUUACUAUUUAUUACUAUUAUGUUCGUAAGCAUGCGUCCAAAGCAUUCAAACAUGAUAGUUUUGUACGAAUGUAAACAUACGCAAUGUUUGUGUGCUAAAGACCCACCAGCGAAGUAUGUUCCUUUUUGCUCAAAAACAGUGCUUAAUGAAUCAAUUUUACCAAAUAUUAAAAAUAGUAUAAAGUAUGUGUGUAAUCUGCAAACAAAAAAAUGUCAAUUGACACUGGCUGACCUCGCUCUUGUUUUUGAUCUUAACUGUACUGCCAGUGAGUGUGUAGAUACGAAAAAAUAUCCAGCAACAUCAACAGUUGAAGAACCAGAUACUACGCAAGCCCAGCGUAAUCUCUUGGUGAUUCUUAUUAUCGCAAUAACUCUGCUGAUUGUAUCAAUUGCAGCACACGCUUAUUGGCUUUCCUCAAGAUCCAAGAGAAAGGCUAUUGAAUUUGUUCGUAUGUUUGGACUCUCAGAAUCUGUACCACACUCUGGAAGUCUUCGAGAAAUAGAUGAUGAAGAAAAAUUAAAAGAAAAAGAUGAAGAAAAGGAAGAGAAUGAGGAAAGAGAACAAAACAACAACAACAACAACAACAACAACAAACGAGAGAGAAAUAAUAAUAAUGAUGAUGACACCAAUAAUAAUGAGGAAAAUAUAAAUCAAGAAGAACCACAACAACCCANGACUGCUGGGGUCACUCUGCACACUCCGUAUUCCCUGAUGAGUGCUGUGGUGCUGGACGCAUUUGUGUUCCGCAACGCGUGGGAGUGGCAGGGUGGCAGGAGAUGCAUAAUAAGAAAAGGGACACCCACACAUGUUGAUAUUUAUAUAUUUAUAUAUAUUGUGCCCACUCCUCUGACAUGCUGUGCGACACAACGCCUCACCUUCGAUUCCUUUUUUUUCCAUCUUUGGUCUUUUUUUCUCGCACUUUGCGUCAUGCAAAGAACGCGGUGCGUGAAUCAUUUUGCAUGGGAAGGUAAACAGGCACACAAAAAGAUAAAGUGCACCACAAGAAACAGAAACACCACAGUUCAUUCACUCGUAUAUAUAACUAACGUAAUGCAGCGCUUUUCGCACUGUUCGGCGUCAUUAGUAGGCUCAGCGGUAAUUGCUAGGGAUGUCAGCAGGGUCAUUUCGACGCCCUCGCGUGGGAAAUUUGUUCGUCAGCCAAGCCCGCAGUGGGACCCUCUGCACGAAGACAUCAACGCGCACGUAAAGAAACGUAUUCCUGGUGAGACACGUGUUGACCGGGUACGCCGCUUCGCGCGUGAGUGGCGUAACGUGGAGCUGGAGUUGGGUGUGUACAAGGACUCCCGUGGGCGAGAGAUUAAGUACCGCAAGACUUUUGUGUACCACUACACGUACCCCAACGCGUUUGAUGAGUUCUGGUGGCCGUGUAAGUGA